AGAUUCCACGCAAAUAUCUCCAUCCAUGGCUGAUUCACAGCAAAUGCUCCAGAACCCCUUUGCAGACUGAUGACACAUGGUGUCCAGGAUGCGUUUCCUGCGCAUUAGUAAUUACUCUGCCGUCGUGUGACACUCGCUGAAGCAUUUUCCGAAGCAUCCGCUGAAGCAUUUGAGGCCAUUCGAGGUAGCUCCUACCAACUCGCAGGCCGAAAGCGCUGUCGUUAUGGGAGUUGUGAUUUUGAUGACGGCGUUGGGUGCAGGGGCAGGCCACGUCAUCAGCAAGCCCGUAGUCCGUCAAUGCAUCCUGACAGCCUACCGUCAACUUACUGACGUUGAUGGAGCAGAAGCAGACGGCAGUGCUGGAUCUUCUCAAGACGAGAACGGAGUGGAGUUGAGGGAUAGGCGAUUACCAUCCUCGGCCGUCUAUGAGGGCGUGUUGCUCGUGUUCAAUGAGCUAAACCGAAGAUCCCCUGGCGCCUUCUUCGACCCGCCAUCGAGACGAGAAGUCAAGGAGAGAGUGCAGGCGUUUGAGUGUUCACAGGCAGGCACAUUCAGCCAGGGGGAGUUUGAGGAGCUCAUCUUCCUCUUCUUCCCGGACGCAGUGGGGUGCUUCACUCGAGACAUUGUGCUCGCAUGCACGGCCAUCCCCUGCCUCACUCUCGCCACCAAGAGCGCUGCCGACGCUGUGCUGAGACAAGCAGGCUCGAAGAGGACAGUGCCUGCAGCGCUGCUGGCCUGUGUGAUCGGACUAGUGUGGAGGAUAGUCAGGCGCUGAGAGGAACGGUAGUACUCCAUAU